UGAAGGAGAAGCACCCCGAGUCGGGCGGCUCCUGUGUGUACUGCCGCACUGGGCAGGCUCACCCGCGCCUAGCCCGGGGCGAGAGUUACACAUGUGGUUACAAGCCUUUCCGCUGCGAGGUGUGCAACUACUCCACCACCACCAAAGGCAACCUUAGCAUCCAUAUGCAGUCGGACAAGCAUCUCAAUAACGUGCAAAACCUGCAGAAUGGCGGCUCAGAGCCCGCCUACAACCACACUGCCCCUGUCGCUAGUGGCGGCCUGAGUGGCUGCAGCGCGCCCUCGCCGUCCAAGCCAAAGCAGAAGCCCACUUGGCGCUGUGAGGUCUGCGAUUACGAAACCAACGUGGCACGGAAUCUACGCAUCCACAUGACUAGCGAGAAGCACAUGCACAACAUGAUGCUCUUGCAGCAGAAUAUGAAGCAGAUCCAGCACAACCUUCACCUGGGACUGGCGCCGGCCGAAGCCGAACUCUAUCAGUACUACCUGGCUCAGAACAUCGGCUUGACCGGCAUGAAGCUGGACAACCAUUCAGAUCCACAAAUGAUGAUUAACCCCUUCCAAAUGGAUCCUAGUGGUGCAACAGCUCUGGCUCCUGGGCAUGUAAAUAACGAGCUACCGUCAGAGCUGCGUCUCGCAAGUGGUCAGUUAAUGGCUGAGGACUUGUCCAUCCUCUCUGCCGGAGAGCUGUCGCCUUGCAUCAGUGACCCGCUGCUGAAACUUUUCCAGUGUGCUGUGUGCAACAAAUUCACCACGGACAGCCUGGAGACUCUGAAUGCCCACGUGGCGGCCGAGCGCCUGCUCCCGGAAGACGAGUGGAGGGCCGUGAUGGGCGACGUGUACCAGUGCAAGCUGUGCAACUACAACACGCAGCUCAAGGCCAACUUCCAGCUCCACUGUAAGACUGAUAAGCACAUGCAGAAGUACCAGCUGGUGGCCCAUAUCAAAGAAGGAGGCAAGGCCAAUCAGUGGCGCCUCAAGUGCAUCGCCAUCGGCAAUCCUGUGCACCUGAAGUGCAACGCCUGCGACUACUACAGCAACAGUGUAGAGAAGCUGCGGCUACACACCACCAACCAGAGGCACGAGGCAGCGCUCAAGCUCUAUAAGCACUUGCAAAAACAGGAGAACGCGUGCAGCUCGGACUCGUGCUCCUUCUACUGCGCACUGUGUGACUACUCAAGCAAAGCCAAGCUGAACCUGGUGCAACACCAACGCUCGCUCAAGCACCAGCAGAACGAAGGACUGAGGAAGCUGCAGCUACACCAGCAAGGUCUGCCACUGGAGGAGGACAACCUCGCCGAGAUCUUCUUCAUCAAGGACUGCCCUCAAGCCGAGACCGAGGAACCAGGUGAGGACACCGAGGGACCGAGACGAGCUUCCUCAGUGGCUGCGGCCGAGGACAAAGACACAAGCGAGAGAGAAAGCCAGGAGGGCAAGAGGACAGAGAAAGACUCCAGAGGUAAUACACUGUCUAAAGAAACUCUGGAGAAUGCGGCAGUGGGAAAGCGUGCACUUCAACAGGAGAAAGAAAACGACACUCCACCCAAGAGGCCCAGAUCCGUCGAGGAGAAGACGCUUACCAAUGAGCAAGUGCAGCAGUGUCCAUACUGUAAUUACAGCAGCAAGGACGCAAACCGUCUGCAGCUGCACAUCAUGUCCCAGCAUUCCAUGCAGCCCGUCAUCUCCUGUCCCCUGUGUCAGGAUGUCCUCAGCAACAAGAUUCACCUGCAGCUGCAUCUCACACACCUUCACAGUGUGGCUCCAGACUGCGUGGAGAAGCUGCUUAUGACAGUGGCAGGUCCGGAUGUUACAGUGCCAAAUAAUACAUUAAUACCUGCACCUGUACAAGACAAAGCUCCAUCUGUAAUGAACUCUUCAUCUGAGGCAUCUGGAAAGCCCAUGGGAAACAGCUCUAAGGAUUUGAAAAAUAGCACAGGCACAGACAAAAGUGACCUUGAACUUGCCAUUGAGGAAGUCAAGCCACCAAAAGAGGCUGCUGAGGCUCCAGAUUGGAAAAAAGCCACUGGGCAAGACAGGAAGAGCCCAGAUUCCCUGCAGGAACACCUGAGCGACCUGCAGAAACGCCAGCAGCUCUCAGUCUCUGAUCGUCAUGUCUAUAAAUAUCGCUGCAACCACUGCAGCCUGGCAUUUAAGACAUUACAGAAGCUUCAGAUACAUUCACAGUACCACGCCAUUCGGGCAGCCACGAUGUGCAGUUUGUGCCAGCGCAGCUUCAGGACAUUCCUCGCCCUCAGAAAGCACCUGGAGACCGGUCACCCUGAGCUUAGUGAAGCUGAAGUGCAGCAGCUGUGUGGAAGUCUACCCCUCAAUGGUGAUAUCACAGAGAGUGAAGCAAGAGCACUGGAAGAGGCACAAGCCUUAGAACAGGAAAUGGAUAAAGAUGAUGAGCUGGACCAAGAAGGGAAGGCCAGUCCUACCGGAAGUGACAGCAGCUCCUUGCUUGAUGAGAUGGGUUCCGAACCAAAGCGGACCUUGCCUUUUCGAAAAGGUCCGAAUUUCACAAUGGAGAAGUUUCUAGACCCGUCUCGUCCGUACAAGUGCACUGUGUGUAAGGAGUCAUUUACCCAAAAGAACAUUCUGCUCGUUCAUUACAACUCUGUCUCGCACUUGCAUAAGCUAAAGAAAGUUCUCCAAGAAGCCUCAAGUCCAGUUCCCCAGGAAACCAGCAACAAUGUUGACAACAAGCCGUAUAAAUGUAAUAUAUGUAAUGUUGCUUAUAGCCAAAGCUCAACCUUGGAGAUUCAUAUGAGGUCUGUCCUUCAUCAGACUAAAGCAAGAACUGCCAAACUGGAAACGAGCAGCAGUUCCAGUAGUGGAAGUGGAAAUGGAAGUGGAUCUGUACCAUCUAACAGCCCUGUUCCAGUCAGUCAGGGAAACACAGAAUCUGUGAGCUUACCAGUAUUGCUGAACAAAGAGAACAACGUAGAUACCAAAGAAGUCAACAUGAAGCAAACUACUGAUCAUGUCGCUGUUCAGCAAAGUCACCAGUCCACCCCGUCACCAGCGCAGCUUCAGAUGCAACUGCAGCAUGAACUUCAGCAGCAGGCUGCCUUCUUUCAGCCACAGUUCCUGAAUCCAGCAUUCUUCCCCCACUUCCCAAUGACACCAGAGGCUUUGUUACAAUUCCAACAACCUCAGUUCCUUUUCCCGUUCUAUAUUCCUGGCACUGAGUUUAAUAUCAGCCCUGAGCUGGCAUUGCAUUCGGCUGCAUUCGGGAUGCCAGGCAUGACUGGGUCAUUCCUUGAGGAUCUGAAGCAGCAGAUGCAGCAACAGCACCAACUGGGCCAACAGCAGCAUCAGCUUUCUCAGCAACAAGCUCAGCAGCAACCUUCUCAGAUGCAACAGCAGCAACAAAAAGCCCAGCAGCAGAGCCACAAGCCAAAGCCAGAGCCCAAUCAUAUUUCCGUGUCUGAGGUUCAGCUGUCCAGAGAGCUGGAAGAGCCCAUGGAGAAGCAAGACAACAGAGCAAAGCAAGAGAAUGUCAGUGAUCCUGAUAACAAUAAAGAAAAUAAGGAUUCCAAAAAGCCUAAAUUCUCCGAACCUUUAAUUCCUCCGCCACGCAUCAUUUCUGGGGCCAGGGGUAAUGCUGCUAAAGCCUUACUAGAAAACUUUGGUUUUGAACUGGUAAUUCAGUACAACGAGAACAGACAAAAAUGCCAGAAAAAGAACAGAGAGGAAGAAAUAAAUGACAAAUUAGAGUGUGGUAUGUGUGGAAAGUUCUUCUCGAAUAUGUUAAUCCUCAAGAGCCACCAAGAACAUGUGCAUGGUCAGUUCUUUCCCUAUGUGGAGCUGGAGAAGUUUGCACAGCAGUACAGAGAGGCAUAUGAUAAGCUCUAUCCCAUAAAUCCACCUUCUCCAGAGACCCCUCCUCCUCCGCCGCCGCCGCCGCCGCCACCUCCACCACCUCCAGCACCCCCAGCUCCAGCAACCAAUCUUCCUGCCACCACUACAGUAGGAAAGGCACCAACACCCUCUCCAGCACCUAUACAAGCUCCACCACCGCCACCUCCACCCCCUCCUCCACCACCUCCGCCACCCAGUGCACCUCCACAAGUGCAGCUUCCUGUCUCUCUUGACUUGCCGAUUUUCCCACCAUUAAUGAUGCAGUCUGUACAACAUCCUGGGUUACCCCCACAGCUUGCACUACAGCUUCCAGCAAUGGACUCUUUAUCUUCUGAUCUCACACAGUUAUGUCAACAGCAACUGGGACUGGAUCCAAACUUCUUGCGGCAAUCCCAGUUCAAGCGUCCCCGCACCAGAAUCACAGACGAUCAGCUGAAAAUCCUCCGUGCUUACUUUGAUAUCAACAACUCCCCUAAUGAAGAUCAGAUACAAGAAAUGGCAGAGAAGUCCGGCCUUCCGCAGAAAGUAAUCAAGCACUGGUUCCGCAACACUCUCUUCAAAGAGAGGCAGAGAAGCAAAGACUCUCCUUACAAUUUCAGCAUUCCACCCUUGACCACACUGGAGGAUAUCAGAGUGGAAUCCCAGAUGAACGCACUAGAAUUCUAUAAGACUGACACGAGCAUGAACAAGAGAUCCUCAAGAACUCGAUUUACAGACUACCAACUCAGAGUCCUCCAAGACUUCUUUGAUACAAAUGCUUACCCAAAAGAUGAUGAGAUCGAGCAGCUUUCUACAGUUCUCAGCCUGCCGACACGUGUGAUUGUGGUAUGGUUCCAAAAUGCCCGCCAAAAGGCAAGAAAGACUUACGAAAACCAGGCUGACACCAAGGACAGUGAAAAGAAAGAACUUACAAACGAGCGUUAUAUCCGAACCAGCAACAUGCAGUACCAGUGUAAGAAAUGCAAUGUUAUUUACCCUCGAAUAUUUGACCUGAUAACCCACCAAAAGAAGCAGUGUUACAAAGAUGAAGAUGAUGAUGGUGCAGAUGAAAACCACUCUGACGAGAUGCCCGAGAACUACGAGCAGAACAUAAUGAAGCAAGCAGAGUCAAGUAAACAAGCCAUUGUCACAGCAAGCAGCUCUGGCUCCAGCUCCCCCCUAAUGCCAUCACCUCGACCUGAAGUAGGAAAAAUUUCGCCCAAACCUGAGAUCCCCAGCGAGAAGUCAAAGCAGACCGAGAACGCCCCUUCACAAGCAGCAAAAGUAGUAGCCGAUCCACGACCGUCUAAAGCUUCUACCCCUCAACCUCCUCCGCAGAAAAUGCCUCAGUCACAAAUGACAAGACCGCACUCCCAACCUCAGUCUGCAGCUGUCCCAUCCAGUCCUCUCUCCAUUGCACUAUCAUCACUUGCCAACAACAUCCCUCCUCAAAUGUUACAGUAUCAGUGUGACCAAUGCAAGAUAGCUUUUCCAACUGUCGAAUUGUGGCAGGAACAUCAGCAUAUGCAUUUCCUUGCGGCUCAAAACCAGUUCUUGCAUUCGCAGUUCUUGGAAAGGCCAUUGGAUAUGCCUUACAUGAUAUUUGACCCCAAUAACCCUCUAAUGACAAGUCAGCUUUUAUCCGGAGCACUUUCCCAGAUACCAUCACAGAGUGGAUCUGGCCUAGCCUCUGCUACUAGCUCUGGCUCCUUAAAACGUAAAUUAGAUGAUAAAGAGGAUGGCCCAAAUGAUAAAGAAGUUGGAAAUGGGGGCGAUGACCAACACAGAGACAAACGUCUGAGAACCACUAUAACGCCAGAGCAACUUGAGAUUCUUUAUGACAAGUAUCUACUUGAUUCUAACCCAACAAGAAAAAUGUUAGAUCAUAUUGCCCAUGAAGUGGGACUGAAGAAAAGAGUAGUUCAAGUCUGGUUUCAGAAUACCCGUGCCAGAGAAAGAAAGGGUCAAUUUAGAGCAGUCGGGCCUUCCCAAACUCAUAAAAAGUGUCCUUUCUGCAGGGCACUCUUCAAGGCUAAGUCGGCCCUUGACAGCCACAUACGCUCGCGGCAUUGGCACGAGGCUAAACAAGCAGGCUUUAGUUUGCCUCCAAGCCCGAUGAUGCCUCAGGAUGAGGGAGCUGAAAGCCCACAAAAAUACAAUUUCAUGGAGUAUCCACCACUGCCACCAAAAACUGAGGCAAAUGAGUACGAGCUUCCAGCUGCAUCCUCCACUCCAGUCAAAUCAUCUGAGGCACAGCUAAAAAACUUUUUGUGCCCUUCAUCCUUAAAAGCAGAAAACAGUGAUGAGAUUGAAGGGCUUAAUAUGAAUUCUGCAGAAGUCUCAGGUGAUAACAGCAAGAUAGAUUUUGAUGAGACUUCAUCAAUUAACACAGCUAUAAGUGAUGCGACAACCGGAGAUGAGACCAAUAAUGAGGUGGAGAACCUGACAGCCAACGGUGGGGAAAAACUGGGUGAGAAUAAAAUGCAUAUGGCACAAAUCUCCGACAUAACAGAAGACAGAUUCCCCUUCAACAUGGUGAGCCCAGCCCUAAGUUUCUCUGGCAAAGAUAGCGAGCAGUACUUCAGUUCCAGAGACGAUGACCUAGAUGAAAAUGCCGAUAAAAGUGAAACCUCAAGUUUAGCUGAUCCAAGCUCACCUAGUCCAUUUGGAAGUGCAAAUUCCUUCAAGGCUAUAAAAGGUGGUGCAGAAAGACCAGGACACAAACGUUUUAGGACCCAGAUGAGCAACUUGCAGCUUAAAGUUCUCAAGGCUUGCUUCAGCGACUACCGCACCCCUACAAUGCAGGAGUGUGAAAUGUUGGGCAAUGAAAUAGGACUGCCAAAACGUGUUGUGCAGGUCUGGUUUCAGAAUGCCCGAGCGAAAGAAAAGAAGUUCAAACUAAACAUAGGAAAGCCAUUUAUGAUAAGCCAAGGGUCUCCUGAUGGACCGAGGCCUGAGUGUACUCUAUGUGGUGUGAAGUAUACAGCUAGACUUUCUAUUCGCGAUCACAUUUUCUCUAAGCAGCACAUUGCGAAGGUGCAAGAAACCCUGGGAAACCAGGUGGACAGAGAAAAGGACUAUCUUGCACCUACCACUGUCCGCCAGCUUAUGGCUCAACAAGAGCUUGACCGUCUGAAGAAGGCAACCGACGUCCUUAGCUUGCCAGCCCAGCAGCAACCUGCAGUGGAUAAUAAUGCAGUUCAUGGCCUCAGCCUGCCAACUGGCUACCCAGGAAUACCAGGACUCCCACCAGUACUCCUUCCUGGUGUCAAUGGGCCAUCAUCGCUUCCAGGUUUUCCACCAAAUACACCUGCUUUAGCAUCUCCUGGUGCUGGCAUGCUUGGGUUCCCUACUCCAGCCACCCCUUCUCCUGCCAUGUCUCUCAGCAGUACCCCAACCAAGACUCUUCUGCAGACUCCUCCUCCUCCUCCUCCUCCACCUCCUCCUCCCGCUCCUCCUGUUCCUUCUGUCCCUCCUGUUCCUUUGACAGCCAGUCAGACUGAGCAGCACAGCAAAGUAUCUGAAAAAGAUAAGAAGUUGGAGAACCCCGUGAAGGCCAAGGAAAGAGAAGCCGAUGCCCCACGCCCCGAGACCCCUAACGUGAAGAAAAGGGAGAAGCCUUUACCGGUGCUUUCGGCAAUGGGAAAAGUCGGAGGCG